UUACCGCGGAACUCCACAGGCAAACAGCGAUGGCCUACCAUCUGUCAUUUUGACAGAUUAUUGCCAGCAAUAUGAUUGCAAGAUUUUGUGUGUGGGCACUUUGAUAUCUUAACAUAUCAUUUUUAAAAUGGCGCCAACAAAGCAUGUUCGAUGUAUUGAAGCUCUUAAGCAUUUGGAAAUGCUAAAACAACUUUAUAAAGAGGAGGAAAAAAGAAAAAAGCCGCGGUUUUGGGUGAACCCAUUUUUAAUGCAGAGGGAACUUCACGACUUGGAAGCAAACCUUUUAAAAAACAUUUUAUGGGAAGAUGGUACCGACUUCAACAACUUUUGCAGGAUGUCCAUUGACCAAUUCAAUGAGGUUCAUUCACUGGUGGAUACUAAAAUUAAAAAAGUGAUACAAGGAUGAGAUGUGCCUUUACAACAAGAGUUCGCCUAGCUAUAACUUUGCGCUACUUAGCGACUGGCGAUUCGUUUCGUUCUUUGGAAUUUCUAUCACACAUAUCACGAAGAACAAUAAGCAAAUUUUUGCCAGAAGUUUUGGAAGCAUUGACUGAAGCACUUCAGGAGGAAUAUUUAAAGACACCUACAACAGAAAAAGAGUGGUUGGAUGUUGCAAAUAAUUUUGAAUCUCUUUGGCAGUUCCCGCACACUUUAGGAGCAAUUGACGGAAAGCACAUUCGGUUAAAAGCGCCUCCAAAUUCUCGUUCCGACUAUUUCAACUAUAAAGGCUAUUUUAGCGUGGUUUUGCUUGCUGUUGUCGAUGCUCACAGUCGUUUUAUUUAUGUGGAUAUUGGAGCAAACGGCAGGGCAUCUGAUGUUAUGGUAUAAUCCUUUAUGUGGCCAAGUUUGCAAAACACCCUAUUAUUUUAUCGGCGAUGACAUUUUUGGGUUAAGUCGGCACUUGAUGAAAGCCUAUAACCGAAGUUCAAACCUUACCACGUCGCAGGAGGCGUAUAAUUAUAGACUAAGCAGAGCACGACUGACUGUGGAAAUGGCUUUUGGCAGGCUGGCUGCGCGUUUUCGUGUCUUUCACAGGCCAAUAGAAGUUUCUUUAGAAACAUGUGAUGCUCUUAUAAAAGUUUGCUGCGUUUUACACAAUUACCUGACACGAAAACUGAUUCAGCCUCGAGAGUCCUCAGGAUGAUUGCUCUGCUCAAAGCCUUCCACAGACAAUUUCCAGUUUACCAGUACAAGAACAUGACACAUACAAAUACUCCACACACACAAAUACAAAAUUCGAGAUAACAUAUGCAAAUAUUGUGUAACCGACGGGGAUGUUUCAUAUUAGUGGAUAAAAAUAAAAAAACAAGUCGCAAAGUAAAAAGUAAAAAUUGCUUGUUCAGAAAGUAAAAACGUUAUUUUUAAUUUCAUAUUAGGAAAGUGGUUUCCGGUAUUGGUACUGGUAUUUUUAGAUCAGAAUUUUUUAGAAAAAUUUCGGGUAUGCAGUUUUGUAGCCCAUUCUAAUAAAGUACAAGUUUCAAUUAGCAAAAAUUAUGCGUUACCAAUACCGGAAACCACUUUCCUAAUAUGAAAUUAAAAAUAACGUUUUUACCUUCUGAACAAAUAAUUUUUAUGCAAAAAACAAAACCGACUUAAAUUCUCAUUCAAAAAUUUAAUAGUACCGUUAAUUUUUUCAUGACCGCUAUAUACAAUUGCACCAAAAUUAGAGAUAUUCUUGUUGGUCUUUCCUAUUAACCACACAAAAAAAAACAUUUAACCACAAUAAGCAAUCACUUCGCCUUCAAAAUCUCAAUCUAAUAGGUUUGUUUUCAAAUUUUUUAAACAUUUUAUUUUCAUACAUUUUCAUCAAAAAGUAACGAUAAAUAAAAACUUAACUUUAACGAAUAGAAAAGUGAAUUGUAAGUGGGGUACAUGUGUUAAAUGUAAUGCAAAUAUGUAUGCAUAUAUUAACUAAAAUAAAGUUUUCUUAAAUGCUAUUUUAUAAUUACACUGGGUGACAGUGUAAAUUAACAUGGAUCGUAACAUACACCCCCGACAAACGAUAGUACAUCAUUUAUAAUUUUUGUACAAAGUCUGAAAAUUAGAUUUAAAUGGUAUUUGUUAGAUAAAGAGCUAUACUUUUAUAGAAAAAUAAUGAACCUUAAAUAAUCAAAAGAAAAGUAGUCAAAACGUGUAAAAAUGGUGAUGUGCUAUAUUUUGUCGCGGGGUGUAGGAUCUACUCAAGUAAUAAACAACUGUAA